UGUCCCUCCGUCCUCCGCUGGUGCCGCACGUCCAGAGGGAGCUCAGCCAUGGAGUCGUCGUGGGCCGGCGCCCUCGCGCUGUGGUGCCUCUUUGCAGCUUCCGCUGCCCAAAACCACGGCUCCGCGGGCCAGGACCAGCGGCACCUGUACUACAACCCCGGCGCCGUCGGCCCCGCCCACCCGACGCAGCAGUACGGACACAAUGCCGCCUCCUUCCCGUCCGUGUCCAGCUUCAACGACCAGCUGCUGCCCAGCGCAGAGGUCGGCGACAUCACCUCCCCACUCCCCGCCCAAGUCGGCGAUGUAGGCCAAGCGUCGACGACCGGCGGCCAGGGGGCGGCCACGGCCACGGCCAACCCCGCCACGACCAAGGCCACCGCCAACGCGCAGCACCAAGGCCUGGCCAGCCACCCGAUAGUGGUGGCAAGCUUGCCUGCCGGGGCCACGCCUGCCACCCCAACCACCACAGGCUUCACGACGUCCAGCACCGGGGCACAGUACGGCCAGCAGGGAGCAGUCACAGAACCCAACGGUCAGCAGAGCGCAUUUGGUGUACCGAACGGUCAGCAAAGUACAUUCGGACUGUUCGGCAGUCAGCAACAGCAGGGUGCGUUCAGCACUCCAAGUAGUCAUCAGCAGGAAUCUUUCCGAGUAACCGGCGGGCAGCAAAGUACGUUCAGUGCAGCCAGCGACCUGCAAGGUGCGUUCCAGUCGUCUACUCCCAGGGUCAGUGAGACACCCAGCCCAACACUGCAGCCACAGUCGGCGGCUCAGUUCGGAACAUACAGCUCAGCCUCGCCAAACGGUUUUGACCGACAACAGCCUGACGAGGUAUCAAGUAGGGGCACCGAUAGUUCUACACCUGGCUUCACACCUUCCAGCAACACGAGACGUCCAUUUAGUGAAACCCCCAACGGGUCUCAACCAGGAUCAUUCAGAGGGUUCAGUGAAACUCCAACCAUUGCUCAGCAGGGUGCGUUCAGUGGGGCGCCAAACAUUGCCCAGCAGGGUGCGUACAGUGGGGCGCAAAACAUUGCUCAGCAGGGUGCGUUCAGUAGGCAGCCGAACAUUGAUCAGCAGGGUGGGUUUAGUCGGGCGCCGAACAUUGCUCAGCAGGGUGCGUUCAGUGAGGUGCCAAACAUCCCUCAGCAGGCUGUGUACAGUGGGGCGCCAAACACUGGCCAGCAGGGUGCGUUCAGUGGGGCACCAAACAAUGGUCAGCAGGGUGCGUUCAGUGGGGCACCAAACACUGCUCAGCAGGCUGCGUCCAGUGCGACGCCCAGUGACAUUCAGGGCGGGGGCUACAGCGCACCGCCAAGGGGUGCGUUACCCAGCACGGGUGCGUUCGGUUCUCCUUUCGCUCAGCAGGGUCAGGGUGGAUUCAGUUCGCCACAGAACGAGUUCCAGCAGGGGCCACCCAGCCCCAGUGCGCUUGCAGCCUUUCAGCCCACCGGCAUCAUGGCCUCCACGCCCGCACCGUUCGCCGCCGGCACGCCCCCGCAGGCCUCGGCCGGCGGUACGGCCACGGGUGCUUACUGGUUCUCACCGCCCUCCGGCGUGGGCGACUACGACGUGGCUUUCCACUUCGACGGGUCGUCCAACGACCUGUCGUCAGGCCGCGGUCCCUCCCGCCACAACAAGGAGCCGACCAAGAGGAUCCCCAGGACCAGUUUCUCCUGCAGAGGGCGCAAGCAAGGGUACUACGCCGACCUGGAGACCGGCUGCCAGGUCUUCCACAUCUGCCAGCACGCGGGCCUCAAGAGCUCCUUCAUGUGCCCCGAGGGUUCCGUGUUCAACCAGCAGCUGCUCGUCUGCGACUGGUGGUUCGACACGGUGUGCGAGGCGUCCCCGGAGGCCACCACCUCCGCGACCACCACCACAACCACCACCACCACGACCACCACAACCACCACGCCGUCACCAAUCGCCUCGCCGUCGACAGUGUCAGAGGAUGGUGGUGAGGACCUCGCCCGCGGCGCGAGCGCGUACCAGCGCUUUCCUGGAGGCAUCAUUGGCGGCGUGUUUGCUGUCCCCAACGACAUCCACGUCUCACAGCCUAGCCCGCUGCGAAUCCCUGUCCAGGUACCGACGGACUCGGCGCGCGACCUCAACGACCGGGCGGCGGGCACGACCCCGUCGCUGCCCACCAGCGACGCCAAUGCGUCCUCUACAGGAUCGUGGAUGUACACGACUGGGUGGCAUCCAUUCACUCAUCCUCAGCAGUACUCCCAGUACGAGACGGGGCUACCGACCGGAGCCCCACAGGUUGUCCCGCAGGGUUUCCCACAGGAUUUCACGAAGGGUGCUGAAUAUGGUGGGCAACAAGGUGUCGAACAGGGCGUCCAACAGGGUGUCCCCCAGGAUGUCCAACAGGGUGGACAGCAGGGCAUCCAACAGGGUGUUCCCCAGGGUGCACAACAGGGUGUCCAACAGAAUGUCCAACAGGGUGUCCAACAGGUUGCCCCACAGCACAUCCAGCCCCAGAUGCAGCACCCGACCACACCCAACCAAGCGCAGUACCUAGCGCUGGCCACCCUGUCUUCCCAGCACCACGUCGAAUACCAGCAGCAACCCUCCACACCCACGUCCAGCCCAACCGCUGCCCAGCCCACGACCACACACCGCGCAGACGACCACAGCGUCAGCCAGCCCAAGGAGGGCGCGCUCGAGGUCGACCUGCUGCCGCCCUUCCUGGACCCGCCCGGUGACAACAGCCUGUCGCCCGCACCCAUUGGCUAUGCCGUGACCCCGGGCUACUCGUCCAUAUCCACAAACAGGCCGCCGUACUCUAGGCACGACGCAGACGAGAACGCUAUCACCGAGAAUAAGGCCCCCGGGAUCCUGCUUGCGCACGUCGAGGCCGCGAAGGAGACCUACGACACGACAGUCAGGUCGCUCGAGCAGAACGUCACUGCGUCCUCACUCGGUAGCAGCAGGGCGCCGCAGCAGCAGCCUAGCACCACGCCGUCGACACCCUCCACUGAGAUACAGAUCAACCUCGCCAGCUAUAGUGGCAGACAAAUUCCGUUCGGAGUGAGAAUCCGCAACCUCAAGAGAAGACACAGAGGUCACUGAGGUUGAAAGGUCGGGGGGUUGAGUUUGGACAUUUCACGAGCGUUAUGGCAAUUGGGGCCUCUCGUUCGGCACACACUAACGCCGUAUUUGGUUUCAGUCUAGAAAGAAACGCAGGAAACGGUGUGGUUGAACUUAAUUGUAGCCUCCAAAUGCAGGAUGAAUUAGCCGGAAAUUUAAUUGUACCACCCCAAAGUAAGGGCUUUUAGUAUACGGUUAACCCAGAUCCUUUGAGGCCACGCUUAGUUUAAAUUAGCCCUAAAUUACACUGUUUCCGUGUGAUGGUGUGAAUUUGUCAGCCAAGUGUAUUCAAGUUGUAACAUGGAAAACUGCAAAUCGACAAAUGGGAUAUACAAUAUCGCAUUCGGAGCUACUCGUUGUUUCUAAAGGUGACAGUCAUGUUGGGCGAGCGAUGUCUCGUCAAUAAAGUAUGUGCCAAUGUGUAUAGAGAUAAGUUAAAUUGUAUUGCACUUGUUAUCAUUGAGACAUGCAGUUUUUUUUAUUUUGAAUGAAUGUAAAAGAAGAUGUAGGCAUAAAUAGCUUUGUAUAUACUACGACGAUAUUGUAAUAUUAUUUUAUUUUGACGCCAUUGAGGCGUAUAUGAAGCCUGAUUACAAGAAUAAAGAAAAAUCUGUGAUUCCAGUAACUCUUGACAAAAUAUCACAUUUUCUUCUCAUUGAGACAAAACAUUUUUUUUAAAGACCGUAUGGAAACAAUCUUUAAAUUUGUAAGUGCGCUCAGGUCAUGGUCUACAAUAUCGUCCCGUCUGCUGCAAUCGUUCUUUGCGGUUCUUUGUUGCACUGAACGUCCGACUGUAUAACCAAGGCGUCUGUCCGCUCAUCCUCGGCCAUGCGCCAUGCCGCAGCGCCCAACG